AUGAACAUCCCGUUUAGAUCUGCGUCCAGUGAGGGUCGUGGUUCAAGAGUUGACGACACUUUGAUUGAUCUUCUGAUGCGUGCUCAAAGCCAACGUAUGAAUGAGCAGCGUUCCGAAUUGGCGUCUGUUCGGAAAAGCUCCAUCAGCUCAGAGGACAAAGCGACAGCCACCACUCCUGAAGACGACGUGUCUGCCUUGGUCAUGCGCAUGCAGGCUGGGCGUUUUGAGGAGCAGCGUGCUCAUCUACACACUCAAAAUGAAAAUGCUUGA